GUGACGUCACAAGUACGUUAAUUCACAGCUCGAAGAUGGCUGUCUAAUGUUAUUUGAUGUUAUUGAAGAGUGAUAUUAACGUGUUAUUAUUAUCAAUAUCGAGUUGGAGUGGUAACAAUAGGAGAGGCUCCGUUGGAACGAGAAAUAUUUGCUCUCGAGUGACUGUGGAAUACUGAAUAUUCGGGGUUAUUUGAGAUUUUCGGAAUAUGAUGGACUUAUCGGGGUUUCGAGUGUGGAUAUUAUUGCCAUGCUGCUUCUGAUCAGUGAUCCUAGGAGCGUCAGGAACAAGUGGAAUUGCUCAGGAGAAAUCAUAACGAGAGAAUUAAAAAUCCUCAUCCCCCCACAAUGUCCCUAAAGCCGAAGAAGGUAGACUUUUCGCAGACCUGGGAGGUCCUCCAGGAGACGGUAAAGGGUGUGAUAACCCUGGCGGACGUGCCCCGUUCAACGUGGAACGACCGUUUCUCAGACGUCUACUCUCUGUGCGUGGCGUACCCCGAGCCCCUAGCGGAUCGUCUGUACAACGAGACAAAACGUUUCCUGGAGUAUCACGUAACAGCCCUUCUGAGGAUUGUCUCCUCAGCAGGUGAUUCGAACCUCCUGCAGUCGUACCACCAUGCGUGGACCGAGUACUCCCAGGGUAUAAACUACCUCCACCGACUCUACCUCUACCUGAACCAGCAGCACAUAAAGAAAACAAAGUUGACUGAAGCUGAGAUAAUCUACGGUACAGCAUCGGCCAAUUCCUCGGAUUACCAGGAAAUGGAGAUGGAGAUAGGUGAGCUGGGUCUUGACAUUUGGAAGCGAACGAUGAUAAAUCCCCUGAAGAAGUCACUGGUGUUUCUGCUGCUGGAGGGCAUCCAUGCCGACAGGAUCGGAGGUGCCCAGCCAACGACGACAGACGUCAUCUGCGGGGUCAUCGAGUCGUUUGUGAGGGUAGAGGCUUACAAGAUGAAGGGAGAGCUCGAUAUGUAUCAGGAGAUCUUCGAGGGGCCCUUCCUCGAGGCCUCCGGUGAAUUCUACAACAGGGAGACGGUUGAAUUACUCCAGCAGUCUGAUGUCACCAGGUACAUGGAGAGGGUAACCUGGAGACUAGCGCAGGAGGAACUCAGGGCGCACAAGUUUCUUCAUCCCAGUAGUAUCCCGAAGGUGCGCGCCUGUUGCGAAGAAAAAAUGGUGGCAGCCCACGUUCUCUGGCUCCACGCAGAGGCCGAAUCGAUGAUCGAGAACGAGAGAAAAAAAGACCUAGCCCUCCUCUACAUGCUCCUGAGGCCGCUACCCUCUGGUCUCACCCCUCUGGUCCAGAAACUCACCCAACACAUCACUCAGCAGGGCCUCAAUGCAAUUGGGCCCCUGCAGGGUGAAAACGUUCACAUCCAGUUUGUAGAAUCAAUUCUCGAGGUUCAUGCCAAGUACUCAGACCUCAUUGAAGAGGUUUUCAAGAAGGAUCAGGCAUUCGUGGGUGCCCUGGACAAAGCAUGCGCAGCUGUUGUCAAUCACAGAUCUACAUCAAAGUCUCCAGCACGUGCCCCAGAGCUUCUCGCUAAAUACUGCGAUACUAUGUUGAAAAAAUCAGCGAAGGGUGUAUCUGAGGCGGACAUCGACGAUAAAUUAGCUAAAUCAAUAACCGUCUUCAAGUAUGUGGACGAUAAGGAUGUUUUUCAGAAAUUUUAUGCCAGGAUGCUGGCCAAGAGACUGAUCCAUCAGCAAAGUCAAUCGAUGGACGCUGAAGAAGCCAUGAUAGAUAGAUUAAAGCAGACUUGUGGUUACGAAUUCACCAAUAAACUUCACAGGAUGUUCACAGACAUGUCUGUCUCCAUGGAUCUGAAUGCCAAAUUCUCAGCAAGUCUGAGAGAGAGUGGCGAUGAAAAUCAGCUUGGGAUAGGGUUUGUUGUUUAUGUCCUGCAGGCUGGGGCAUGGCCACUCUCACUGCCACCAUCACCAGGGCCCUUUCACAUCCCCCAACAGCUGGAGAAGUCUAUCGCGAGCUUUGAGAAAUUCUAUCAUGCACAGUUCAAUGGGAGAAAGCUCACUUGGCUGCAUCAUCUGUGUCAGGGAGAGCUCAAGUUAAAUUAUCUUAAAAAAUCGUAUUUGGUGACUGUACAGACGUAUCAAAUGGCUCUGCUGUUGCUGUUCGAGGAGUGCGGACAAAUAACCUGCAAGGAAGCUGCACAUUCUCUCAGGCUAUCUCAUGACCAACUGGUGAAACAUGCCAUGGGUCUUGUGGAUUGCAAAAUACUCAAGAAGGAGGAAGACAAGGAGCUAGAGGAGGACAGUCUUUUGAUGCUCAAUUUUGAUUAUUACAAUAAGAGAACCAAGUUUAAGGUCACUGGGGCACUUCAGAGGGAUCAACCUCAUGAUGCCGAGGCGACGCACAGGAGUGUUGAUGAUGAUAGGAAACUCUAUCUGCAGGCGGCCAUUGUCAGAAUCAUGAAGAGCAGAAAACUUUUGAAGCAUAAUCAACUUGUUCAGGAGGUUCUUGAACAGUCCAAAGUGAAAUUCGCUCCAGCCAUCGGUAUGAUAAAGAAAUGCAUCGAGGCAUUGAUUGAUAAACAAUACAUCGAACGUACGCCAAAUAGUGCUGAUGAGUAUUCUUACGUGGCGUAACCCAAGAAAAUCUCAAUUAAAUAUUCAAUUCACUGUUUGAGGUAUUCCCCGGAGGAUAAUUCAGUAGGAAAAUAAUGAAAGUCCAUUUUUUCACAUUGAAUUAUUUUCUAGAAUUUACAAUUACAUGAUGAUUAUUAGGGGACGGACACUGGGAAAAAAUGAAACAACAGAGAAAACGAGUAAUUCGCAAAAUUGAGUUCAAAACCAUCAAAUGGUUUUGAAGAUCAAACAGUUGAAUAGGAAAAAGUCUCUUGAAUUGCGCUGAACAGUCGUUUCGCUACAUUUUUCUACUGAAUCUGUCCACCACUAAUCGAUAUCAUCAUCGGGGAGUACUUAAAAAAUAAUAAAACGUGAAACAACUCGAGGGAGGAACAAAUUGUCUUUGGCUACUUCGCAACGGAGGUGAAGAAAAAUCAAUCCGUAUAGAUACUAUAAUGAAAAAUGUAAUAUAUACGUAAUGAAUAAAGAUGAAAUUACUAUUUUA